UUCUAAUACACAGAUACUUAGUUUCUCUUCAUUCGUAAGUUUAUUAAUAGCCAAUGCUUAAAAUGUUAUUAAGGUUCGUGGAAAAGUAGAAUAAAGAAAUGAGAAUUAAUAGAAGUAUACCAGGCAAUAAUAAUGCAGAUUUAUGUAUCUUAGGCAAUUGAAGCAUAUUGUAAAUGUGGCUAAGGGGAACAUGGUCCUGAUGGUAUAAAAUAGUACCUAUGAUACCUAAGCAGGCUUAAUUCAAAACAUCUGAACAGGUUAUACCCAUAUGCAUAUAAUCAUACUAUAAAAAUAUCUUACCUUAAAAAAAUAUUUUCUUGACCCCAUGAUACUUCUGUUACUCUGUUUCUGUGUCCUCUUCACAGUACAACUUUUUGAAAUGACUGUAAGACCUUUUCCCCGCAUCUUCAUCCUUCAUUCUUUUCCUCAAUCCACUCACUGAGGCUGCAGCUCUCACAACUCCACUACAGCUACUUUUGUCAGGGAUAACAGUGACCUGCACAUUGCUGAUUGUUUGGCCCUUAACUCUCCUCAUCUUCCGUGGCCUUUCAAAAACAUUGGACAGGCGUCCACUCCUUUCUUCUUGAAGUACUUUUUUCUUGGCUUCCAGGAUAACACACUCACUUCGUUUCUCUCUUAGCUCAUCUGCUGCUCCUUCCCGUUUUUUCUUUCUACUUUUCUACUUCCCCUUUCAACUUCUGAACACUGGUGUGGCCUAGAACUCAGUCCUUGGACCUUUUUUCUUCUAUGUCUACACUCAUUUCCUGGGUAAUCUCAUCCAGUAUCCUAACUGGAAGUGCUACCUGGAUGUCAGUGACCUCUGCUUUAUAAGUCUAUCUCUAGCCCUGACCUACCUGAACUCCAUACUCGAGAAUCAUACACGUUAUUAAAUCAGCAAGAGUUUCCCAUGUGAUUUCUUCACUUGGAUAUCUAAUAGAAAGGUUAUUAUGGUCAUAAAGGAACUUGUGGUCCUUCUCCACUUCAUUGCCUCUCACACCCACCUACCCCCUCCCGGUUCUCCUUAUUCCAGUAACUGGUACCACCAGUCAUUCUUCCAGUGGCUCAAGCUAAAAAUCUAUAAAUCAUUCUUGUGUCCUCUAUUUCUUCCACCUCCUCACCCAAUCCAUCAGCAAGUCCUUUUGGUUUUGCCUCUAAAAUAUAUCUCAAAUUUAUUCACUUCUCCCCAUUUCCAUAGCCUUGGUAUACCAACUUAAUCCAGGCCACCAUCAUCUGUUACUUUUGCAGAAGCUUUCUGACUAGACUCUGCUUCCACUCUUGUUCCCCAAUUUGAUCUAUUUUGCACAAACAGCCAUAGUAGUCUUUUAAAAACGUAUGUCACCCUCCUGCUUGAAAGUAUUUCAUAUUCCAUUCAGAGUAAUGCUAACUCCUUAACAUAUACCCUACAUGAUUUGGCCCUGCCUUUCAGACUUCAUUUCCUACUACUCUAUCCUUUGGUCACCCUACUGUAGCCACUUUCACCUCCUGUCUGUAAUUUAAAUAGGACAAAUUCUUUCAUGCUUCACUUAACUUACUGCUUCCUCUGCUCAGGAUGCUUUGCUCCCAGGUUUUGCUGUGGCUGUCUUCCUGUCACUCAGAGCUUGGCUCAGAUGGUACCUUCAGUCAAGCUUUCCUUGAUCACCCAGUCUAAAUUAUUGUACUUAAAGGCAAAGUCAAUCUGGAAACCUCCAGAGACAUAUCUAAUUGGAUUCCAUCAUUUCAGAGCUAUGAAGACUUCAAGUGUAAGACACUACAAUCAUUAGAUGGCUUUAUGAUAAUACUGAGCCUAGAUGGAGUGAUAAUUUAUGUCGGUGGAAGCAUCACUUGUCUUCUUGGCCAUUUACCAGAUGAGAUUGUGGGUAAAAAAUUAUUAAGUCUUCUGCCUGAUCAUGAAAAAAGUGAAGUCUACCAAAAGAUUGCUCUCAAACUUCCUUCGUCAAGCUCAGUGGGAAAACAUACUGACUUUUGCUGUCAUAUAAAGAGAGGAAAUGAUAAACGUGGUAGUAACCCUACUUAUGAAUAUGUGAAAUUAAUUCUGACUUUAAAAGAUAUUUCGAAUGAGCCUUUGGUGCUCUUCAGUAGCUUCUUCCCAAGUCCCUCUUUUGCUGAAUCGUGUGGUACAUAUCUUCCUCUGGAGGAUCGGUUUUAUCUGGUCGGGUCCAUUUGUAUCCUCAGGACUCAGAUUCUACGGGACCUUUUCACUGUGGAGAAAGCUGGGGAAGAUAUUCAGCUGAUAAAUGACUCAGAUGAGGAACAUCUAUCUACAGAAUGCAGAAGUGUUCAAGGCCAAAUAAGAAUUUCUAGAAUGGAAUCCCUGUGUGCUGAACCUGCUCCUCCUGCCUCAGAUGAUCAAGUUGAUCUUAUAACAGUCAAGCAGUAUGGACUGCAGGAAUCUGUUCAUGAAAGUGGGAUAGAGUCUGCUACAUGUUAUGACUCCAGCAUAUCUUCCAUGGAAAGCAUACCUGAAUCGUCAGCUACAUCAUCUUUGCAGAGCUUUGAAUUCGAACCUGACGUGGAACAGGUGGAUGAUAUGGAUGAGGUGCAACAGGUGGACGAGGUGGAAAAGAUGGGUCAGAUUGAUGAGAUGGAAGAGGUGGAACAAGUAGACAAAGAAGAAGAGGUGGAGCGAGUGGAGGAGGUGGAGGAGGAGGACCAGCUAGACCAGGUGGAGCAGGAGGCCCUCUCACCCUUCAGUGUGGCUGGUGGCAUCAGUGAUGAGCUAUUAGAACCACUACCGUCAAUUGCAUUGUACAUCAACAAACGGGAGCUGGGGCUGAUGAGGAAGUUUAGGGAGCAGCUGGAAGAAAAGACUCGGAUGCUGCAGGCUGAGAUCAGAAGCCUGCAAGACGCACUGGAAAUGAUGAAGGAGCAGCUUCGGAGAAUAGAGGAUUCCGGCUUUCAGAUCAGAGGCCAGUUCCAUAUGCAGCCAACCACCUCACACCACCUUCACUGUCCUGAGCCCCAGUCUUUGGAGCCAGUGCCCAAGAAACCGCGCACUGAGCAAAUGGAGGGGCCCUUCUCAGAUUUCAAGGACAUGAGCCUUUCCUGUGGUUCAUCUUCCCACUAUUUCAAAUUCCCUGAGGAUCUUGAGGAGCCUUGUGAUGCCUCCAACCAGCAGGUGCCAGCUACUGAAGUAGGAAGCCAGGGAUCUCCAGAUUCAGAGGCUUUCCAGGACCAUGAUGAAUUAACACCAGGCCAAAUCAACUAUUUCAUGUCUGCAGAACAGUCCAGCUUGGAUGAACACCAGUGGGAUUUUCAUACUGAACCUUGAGAGAAGAGGGACAGACAGACCAAUGAGGCCUGCAUGGCCAGGGGAACUCCAAGGCUUACAGAAUCCCCUGGAGUAGGGGUUGAAGAAUGGGGUGGGUACUUUCUUUUCUUUCUUGAUAAGUUCUGUUUGGGAUUGUUGAGCACAACCUGUUUCUUGGAAUUUGUGUUUCAGCGGCAGCCUGUGAUCCCUAGUGUGCUAAUAUGUGACAGUAGCCAGGCCACAGCAGGAGACCACUGUCCCCACCUACCCUGCUUGACCUUUCACACACCUAUUCUACCAUGGGCAGGCAUGUUGCAGAGGCUGCAAGUUAGAAUACCUUUUUUCUGCCAAGAAACAUUUUCCAGCAUGGUUUUCAAUCUAGUAAGAAGCUGUUCUGUCUUAAGCCACAAGCCAAAGCCUUGGCCUUGAUGACCAGGUCCUGCAUCUCCUCCACAGUCAUGUUUGGGAAACCCAAGGGAAUGGCAUUCCAACUGUGGGAAGCUGCAAUCAGAUUAACACAGGCGCUUUGUACUGAAAUAAUCACAGUUCCAAUGCUUAAUAAAAAUUGUCUUUCGUUGCAA